AUGGGUAGGGUUAUCAGGGCUCAGAGGCGCUCGCACGCUAUCUUCAAAGCGCACACCCACCACAACAAGGCCCCCGCCAAGCUUCGUACCCUCGAUUACGCCGAACGCAAUGGCUACGUCCGGGGUAUCGUCAAAGAAAUCAUCCACGACCCUGGCCGCGGUGCACCCCUCGCACGUGUCGUAUUCCGUGACCCCUACCGCUACAAGCUCCGCAAGGAGACCUUCAUCGCCACAGAGGGCAUGCACACCGGCUCAUUCGUAUAUUGCGGAAAGAAGGCCGCUCUUACCGUUGGUAACGUCCUUCCCGUGAGCCAAUGCCCAGAAGGUACCAUCGUCUGCAACGUCGAGGAGAAAGUCGGCGACCGUGGUGCUCUCGCUCAGGACAACAAGACCCGCAUUCGUCUGCCUAGUGGUGCGAAGAAGACUGUGUCUGGGGGUGCACGGGCAACUGUUGGAAUCGUUGCUGGUGGUGGACGUAUCGAUAAGCCAUUGCUCAAGGCUGGUCGCGCAUAUCACAAAUACAAGGCUAAGCGUAACAGCUGGCCUCGUACUCGUGGUGUGGCUAUGAACCCCGUCGACCAUCCUCACGGUGGUGGUAACCACCAGCACAUCGGAAAAGCCUCGACAGUUCCCCGUUCGGCAGUUCCUGGACAGAAAGUCGGUCUUAUUGCCGCUCGCCGGACUGGUCUGCUACGCGGUACCGUCAAGGUCAAGGAGGCUUAA